GCGGAGCGAAUGAAUUGGUUGGAUUAUUUGGUUCUUUGGUUCUUUGUUCUUUUGAUGAUGAUGGACUUGGCUGGCUGGCUGGACGGCUGGACGGAUAGGAACGGAUGAGAAGGGCGGGAUGGAGAGUGAGAAGAAGGAAGGGAGUUUUGCGUGCUUCUUUAUAUAUACCUAUCGCUUUAUUUACGUACCUAGCUAGUUGUGUUUCUUGGACAGAGGGACAGAUGGAUGGAUGGAUGGAUGGAUGGAUGGAUGGAUUGGAUGGAUUGGAUGGAUGGACAUAUGGUUUUGGGGUUGAGCACUUAUGUGGCGUUCAAGCGAGCGAUGAGCGAGAGCGAACGAGAGAGGAGAAGAGACAAGGAGGAGAGGGACCAGAAGAGAAAGAAGAGAGUGUACCUAUGUAGGAAGGGGAGCACAGAGCAGAGCAGAGCAGAGGAAGAGAGCCACAGCCAUGCGUGUGUACAGAAGACGCAAGUACAUACCUACAUACAUACAGGACAGGGCACGACAAGAUACCUACUCAGGAUAGGCCUUUCUACACGAGAAAGUGGAGGGUGGAGGACGCGAAAGAUGGAAAAAACGACCGGAAAGAGGAUGCGCAAAAAAAGUUCAAAACUUCUUUUCACACAUUUCUUCGCGCACUUCUUUUUCGUCUUCAUCUUCAUCUGAGAGAGGGAGAAAGAAGAGGGGAGGGAGGGACGCAUACCACCACCCGUUAUUUGUCGUCGUCAUUUUCGAGUUUUUCUUCCAUCGUUCCCCUCCCCUCUUCCGCAUUCCGCCGUCUGCCAUCUGCCGUCCUCACAGGUUCUCUCGCGUGCGUCCCCUCCUCCUACUCCUCCUCCUUCAUACCCAC